AUGGGCGGCAGCACCCCGGGGCCGGGUUAUAAGAAACAAGGCGAGGGUCUGGGGCAAAUGGGGAGCAGGCCAGCAAGCCCACAGCAAGCCCACAGCAAGCCCACAGCAAGCCCACCGCAAGAGCCCAGAGCAGGCGCCGCAUGCGGCCCAGCCAUGCGCCCCCUGGCUGCGGCCCGGGCGUUUCCAGAGCCCCAGAGGGUCGCUGGCAGCGUCGGCGGGCGCGUCUGGUCGGCGCCAGGGCGGCCUGAAUGGUCGGUCCCAGGCGUUGUACAGCCACUCGUUGGGCCGGCGUGGUGUGUCGUGAACAGGGCCCCGGCAGAGCCCAACCGCGCGACGUUGCUACCCAACCGGCUUUGGCCAGCACUGAUUCAGUUCGCUGGGGGCACGCCCAAAGGGGGGUCUGCCAUUGGCGCUGGCCGACCGGGAGCUCCCUUGCUAGGGCGGUCAGAAGGCUUGAAUUUUCCACAUUGGUCGGAUGGCUGCAUAGACGGCAUUGACGAACGCACAAAACAUGGUGCUCGAAAUGAGCAAAAAAGGGCGAUCCUCCCAGGCAGUGCAAUUCCCAACGGUCAUGAGGGUGCCUAUGAAACGGACACGAUGAUCUGUGUGACUCUACGUGCGGACAGAGGGGUGUAUCUUUUCGUGUCAAAGCUCAAAGCUGCCCGGCGGUGGAGCGUGGAGGGCAGCGCGUCGCCAACACGGAGUCGUGAGGUUCUGCCUACGGCACGCGAGCACACGAUUCGAUGGGAAGGGUGUUCCGGUGUCCAGUCGGAUCUCCAAUGUGAUCUCGGGUUGGAUCUCAAGCUGGCCCUCCAGUCGGAUGAAGCACCAGUCGGUCUUCGGCUGCAGAAUGGUGCUUCCUGUGGUGUCUGGUGCAGCGUGUUGCAGCAGUUGCAUCAAUGGAGCGUCGACGAUGCAGUCGCUGCUGCAGCAGCGCUGUUGCCGCUGCAGAGUGCAUGUGGUGUGAGCCUCCACCCGGCAAAAGCCAAAAAUGGAGCCCGUCGACAUUAGCAUCAUGCCUUUCUUUGCACCUUGAUCCAGAAAUUGGUCGCAGAAUUUGUCCCAGCAUUUGCCCCAGCAUUCUGUCCAGAUGCCAGCCGC